UAUUAUUCAGCGUAUCGGACGAGAUCAGAACAAAACACAACACCGACGAACUCGCGCGCGCAGUGGGAUAUUCAACUUCUGCUGUUAUUUUACUUUACCGAAGCACUAUUGUCUUUUUAGUGUAGAAGCAUUCAGCUAAAAUGAAUCGAAUGGGGAGUAUGUGCACAUUUGAUGAAAUCAAAUGGGAUGACAGAAUGAACGGGCACAGAAGGCUCAGACUGACUCUCCACGAGCAGAACCAGCAGCAGCAGCUCACCACGGAGAAGCCAAUUGGCAGAGCUUUUGCCUUGGUACAACCAACCUAUGAAAGGCAGCCACUGAAGACUGAUCUUAUCAAGCCGUCUGAGGACCAGGGUGAGGUCAUCAAGGUAUACCUUGAAGACCGCAAAGAAGCACAAGUCAGACACCAACAGAGUCUAAAGAUGCUCUCAGAGGAAGUUUCACAAAUACAGGAGGUGAGAUAUUGUCUAAAGAACCUCAGAGAGCAGAUGGCAGCUAAAAGUCACAGAACAGAACACGAGCUGGUGUUAUCUAGUACUGGUCCUAGAAAAGUUAAUGGCACUUAUUCAGUACUUACACAGACCCUGAAUGGCUUAGAGAGACAGGAUAGUGUGGAUGAGCAGGAAAAAGAGAAGAUGAGGGAGGCCAGUAAGCGUCUGUAUGCUCAACUCCAAGACUCUGAGAAAAAACACCAGGAGGAUAGAGAACAACUGCUGGCAGAGGCUCGUCAGUAUAAGAAGCAGUUAUCUGAGCAGAGUGAGUAUCUGAAGAAGGUUCAGCACAGCAAGGAGCAGCAGGAUCAGCAGAUCGAAGACCUUCAACGUCUCAUGGGCGGCAUGGAGCAGGAGAGCUCCUCCCUCAGAGACCAGCUCAUGACCAAAGAAGCCGAAGUCCUGCAGCUGCACGAACUGAGGGAGGAGGGCCAUGCAGGGAGGGAGAGGUUAGAAGAGCUGGAAAGGGAAAAUGCGAUUUUGAAAGAGAAGAUUCAUCACUUGGAUGACAUGCUCAAGAGUCAACAGAGAAAACUACGGCAAAUGAUUGAACAGCUUCAGAACUCGCGCAUGGUGAUUCAGGAGAGAGACAGAGUGAUCAGAGAGCUGGAGGAGAAGGUGGCCAUGCUGGAGGCAGAGAACAAACAAAUGCACGAUCAGAUGGAUUACUACCUGGGGAGUCAAAGGUCAAAUUCAUACCUGCCAUCAGACACCAAUGCGCAGAUUGUCUACAGCAAGCCUCUGAGACCUUCCACCCAUACCAACAAGAGUCUGCCCUUCAUCAAAGUCAUUGAAAUUAAAUCAUGAACGUUACCACAGCAACAUCACACAGCACUGCUGUGACAACCGUACCAUCCUCCAGUAUCAGUGCUGGAUACUAGCAACACAAAUGACCACAGGCCUUCACCAAAGGACACACCAUUGCUUUAAUGUCUAAAGGCCUUUUCUCCAAGUAUACUUCUAACAUUGCAGAGGUCUGUUACUGUUAUUGCUACAAUUAUUUACUAUGAAUAAUCAAUGAAGGUUUGACACAACAGGGACUGUUAAAGUCAACAUAUCCAUUUUUAUGAAGACAAGUGACGAAAACAAAAAUGAAUUACUCAUUUUCAUUUUUGUAAGAAGUGUGAAGGGCUUCUAGAUGGAUGCUGGGGAUAUUUUGGUAUUUAUUUGAGGCUGGCCCUCUGAAGAUGAUGUCUUUCACCCAAUAUUAAUGGACAGACUGGUUUUGUUGCUAAACACCCUCGCUGAGCUCUCUUUAUCUCUCGUAAUCUCCCUCGGUAUUAGCUCGGCUAAACACUUGGGGAAUUAAGGGGUCUUUUUCUGAGUUAGACCAGUUAUAGAGACGAUAACAGAUGGGAAAACAUUUUUAUUUUAUUUAAAGGAAUAUGAAGUAAAGAAGGAUGAAGGAUUUUUGUAUCUUCAUUGUAUCUAUUUAUAUCUAAAUUAAGGCUGGAAAAUGCGUUCUGUGGCAUUGGCCAAGGAAAGCGAUCAGGAACAGCAGUGUUCCUGGUUUAUCUCGAAUAACACUGAUAACUGACGGUGCUGAAAGAACUGAAGGGGAGACCGUGAGUUAUGACAUGCUUAUCCUGAAACAAAAAACUGCAACAAAUAUUUAUUCUUCAUCUACAUGCUUUUCUCAACCAAAGAGACACAGGAGAGAGAAUCCAAUGACUUGCCUUCUAUGAAAAACAAUGAUGCCUUGUGAGUGUUUCAUAAGAUUGAAAGAAUGUAACACUUGUCCUCUACUGAGCCAGUUCAGGCCAGUAGAACACAGUGUGAUCCCUGUUAUUCAGUCGAGCCAACCGCUGCAGUUACUCAGUUAGCCAUUUCCAACAUUCAGUAAACUGAUUUUAUAGCACCUAGUUAGAAAACUGAUGUGAUUGGCCAGAGCACCUGCCCAACUCAAAGUAGUGCCAUGUGAACAGGUAAUAAUAUCCCAACAUGGAUUAUUUAUACUUCAUUAAUUUAAUUCUGGACAAGGGUGUGUUCAAAUAUGCAUUCCAUUACCAUGUUUAUCCACCUUCACAUUUGUAGAUAGUUUUGUGUAUAUUUUCUUUUUGUGUGAACUUUAACCUUGAUGUGAAUUCCUUAGAAAGGCUUCAGAUAAGCAUGUAACAUCUUUUAUUUUUUUGUAAUAAUAAUAUUUUUGUAGUAAAAAACGAGUGGUUUGUUAUGCUUGAAUUAAUGGCAUUUUGAGUAUUGUAUUUAAAUAAACUAGUUUCAUGAA